AUGGCGACCGCAAAACAGGUUUAUCUUAUUCCAGACUCCGAUCCCACAUCCACGGCUCCCUCUACAGGAUUGGGCCCUGCCGAUAUUUUCCAUGUUUUCCGAUCCAAGGAUGGCUGGCUUACUGUUGCUGCAAUAGAGCCUCGGGUUUCUGGGGUUCAGAAUAUAUCUGCAGAAUUUUCCUGUGAUAUAGAAAGCUUCCUCUAUGCCGCAGCGGUUGCAGAGUGUACCUCUCCGGACGCCAAGACGGCAUAUUUGCGGAUUAUCAGUGGCCGAGAUCUGGGGGAACGAUUCGAAUCAAUCUGCGAGACUCGAGAUGCGGUGAUAAUUGACCACCUGGAGGCUGUGCUGGAACAGUGGCAGACGAUUAUUAUUUCCCUGGAUGACAUAGAGCGCCAGGCACCCAAAUGGUCUGUGAACUGCCUAUAUGGCAGCUUGCUUUUACAAGAAAAAGCUCUAUAUCUUACCCGCGACAUCAUUCGGGGGAGUAUCGCCGAACAUCCUGAGUGCUGGAGAGCGGUUCUUGACGUUCCUCUGCCUGCGGUCGCUGACUGUGUUGGGAGGAUUCGAAUUUUUCUAACUGACCCAUCAUGGCCCGAGUCUCUCGACGAUAUUCAACGUUCAAUGGAGCCAUUCAAGCUUGUUAGAGAAAGGUGUGAGGAGGAAACGAGAGAGCUUAAAGCGAGGCUUGCACGCCUCGAGGCAAGACGACAUUCUCACGGCGCAAGGCCUAUCUUGACCGAGAGGCCUACUGUGUAUCAGAGCCUGCUUCACUUAUGCUUGAUUCUCUGCAGGUGCGACUAUCCCGUUGUCCGCAGGCUUCGAAAAGAGACGGAUGUGGUUUCCUGGCAGCACAGUGACUGGAAAGAGAGAUGUAGCCAACUCAGCCAUCUCUCGGAUGAUGACUACGAAGGUCUUGCUUGCACUCUGAGCGACUUUGCUCCGUUCGAAAAAAUUGAAUUGACAGGCAAGAGAGUGAAGAAUCAGGUUAUGGCUCUGAUGGCGAAACUCAAGGCGAGUGCGGGUGAGAUAACUCAUGAAACUGGGUCCGCUCCCCGAGCGAGUGAUGAGUUCAGUGUUCAUGCAAACAUCAUGCUACUCUGUGCCCCCAUUGGAAUAUUUGCUAUUGUCCCAGAGCUAGAAGGCGACGUACUUCGCAGAACAGAUCCCGAAGAUCAUGCCGCUGAGCUCAGCCUGUCGCCUCUGUACCAGAACGACGCUAUUACUGCAAAAAGCGCAAAAAGUGAGCUUGCUGGCAUUCUCUUCUGUCUGGAGCCGCAACAUCUUUCCAUCCAAACAGCAAAAGAUGGCCUGUCGGUUGGCUCUCACAGCCUCUCCCCUGGUCGGCAGAGGCUUCUUAAACGGCCUAGCUAUGACAGCAUUGACGAUGCCAACGAGAAACGACAGAGAAGGAGCGAAGAGGCGGUUGAUAGAUGCAGCGAACCUCGAUCUGAGUCUGACUAG